AUGCAAGACUCUGUUGGACAUGCUGCCCCCGCCAUCGGGUAUUCGAGCGUUACAGGCGAAGGAUCAGGCAUACCGAUUUCCGCCGAACAGAACUUUAGUAUCUCCCCUGGAUCGAGCGUCGCCUGGGGUUUCGCUGAGCCACGCCCAAUCACAAUGCCUGAAUCUAUGAAUGUAGGAUAUGGCUGGCGUCCAUAUGGCAGCGUAUCCGGUUCUGCAGAACAAAUAUUGCCCUUUGGCGCUGAGUCAACCACAUGGUCGACUUGUGUGGCGGCAACGCCCGGAACGCCGCAGCUAAACAACUGGAAAUGGGACAACGGUAUGCCCCCGACGCUACUACGGAGCUCUGUGUCCUUUAAUGGCGAGCUCUUGGGCCACCCACAGAAGCAAUUGGUGCCUGUUCCAAAAAAUGCCCCGUAUAACGGGACAGGGAGAUAA